AUGUAUGUAUGUAUGUAUGUAUGAACAAAUAGUGGCAGAAUAGCUGUGCUCAUUGUGUAAUGUCUACGAACUCGCAUUAAAGUGCCAAAGCAAAGGGUUAGCCUCGUUUACCAGCAGUCCCUUAAUGAGCUCGCAGGCAAAACGUCAAAAGUUACUAACAACAACUGCAAAUACAAAAUAAUAACAAGAAGUAACUAGCAAACUAGACCAACCAAACAAGUAAAGCGCAAUUAGCGGAAAUCGAUUGCGGGCGCUGUGAAUUUUGUAAAGAUUUCUUAGCCAGUUGGUCUAAGCGUCGGGGCGGUCGUUAGCCUUCAACAGUCAACAAAGCAGUCAGGCCGUCAGUUGGUCGGCCGUUGGCGUCUGACAAGCUGAAUUUUCAUUUCUCUUUUGUGCAUUUUUCUGCUCAUUUGUUUUGUUGAAGGGCUCACCGCAAAGUAAAAAUAAGAAACUAAAAAAUAAAUUACCAACAUGCGCUUUUGUAAUUAGUCGUUGGCAGCAAAGUAAUUUUAUGCACGAGGAAGGUACUAAAAAGAAGGGUCCAUAAAACACAAAAAAAAACUUUAUAAAACGAGCAACAAGAAGCAUAACUAAAGAAUAUUGAAAAAUAAAUAAAGAUACAAAGUGAACUUACUUACUUAAGAAGUGCAGUUAAAAGAGAAAAGUGUAAAAGUACACAGUAAACAAACAACGAAGCACCAGAAGAGCUUAAGCGCCAGCUUAACGAUUCCAAGAAGCAUCACAUCCUCAGCACAUUUCGGUCAACAGUGGAGAAGAGUGUAUACAUUAACGAAAAAUCUCAACAAAAAUGGUGCAAAAAUUCCAAUCGCCCGUUAGGGUCUACAAACACCCGUUCGAGUUGGUUAUGAAGGCCUACGAAUGCCGCUUUCCGAAAUGUCCACAAAUGCCCAUCGUACUCGAUUGCGAGAUCGUCAAAGAUGAGGUCUUGGAGAACGGCGCGAAACGCAAUACAAGUCGACGUUGCAAAUUGGCCGUCGAUGCGCCGUAUAUUUUCAAAAAGCUAAUAGGUGUAGACUUUGUAUAUUUCCUGCAACACAACUACCUCGAUAUGGCCAAUCGCACACUGAAUAUAGAGGCUGUGAACGAGAGCUUCUCAUCACGCAUAGAAAUCUUCGAACGUUGCCGUUACUAUGCACAUCCCGACAAUCCCGAGUGGACCUGUUUCGAUCAGACUGCCACAUUGGAUAUUAAGAACUUUUUUGGUUUCGAACACUCCAUGGAGAAGAUGGGCAUGAAGCAAUACACACAAACCACGCUGAAGGGUAAGGAAAUCAUCGAGUAUUUCAUAAAUGAACUGAAAGAGAAGGGCGUCACCAAUGUGGAACGUUGGGUGCCGCCAGUAGAUGCACCCUGUUCGCCCACCACACGUGAAGCCAGCGAGGAGCCAGCACAGAAACUCAAAGAUGAGGAAAGGCGUCGCUCCUCACACGACGUGCUGCUCGAUGGCGAUUUUAUAGCGAAAAAUUUGGGUACACUCACACCGAUGCAGGCGUCAAAACUGUUGGAGCUGCGAAAAAUGCUGAAUGGUGUCGAGGACUUGGAGCAAAUGCCAAGUUAUCAGACCAUACUGCGUUUUUUGACAGCACGCGACUGGCACGUGAACCAGGCCUGCACCAUGCUCAAGGAUUCGCUGAAGUGGCGCAAGGAGCACAACAUCGACUCGCUGGUUAAGGACUACAAGGCGCCGGCAGUUGUAGUGAACCACUUUCCGGGCGCAUGGCAUCAUCACGACAAGGAUGGACGUCCGAUUUAUAUACUACGCUUGGGUCACAUGGACGUGAAAGGUCUGCUGAAAUCCAUCGGUACUGAAGGUUUACUAAAGCUCACGCUUCACAUCUGUGAGGAAGGCAUGCAACGCAUCAAGGAGUCCGCCGAAAAGUUGGGUCAACCUGUGUUGAGUUGGUGUAUGCUUGUGGACUUGGAGGGUCUUUCCAUGCGUCAUCUCUGGCGCCCGGGUGUAAAAGCUCUGCUCAAUAUCAUCGAAACGGUCGAGCGCAACUACCCCGAAACGAUGGGUCGCGUGCUAGUCGUGCGUGCGCCGCGCGUCUUUCCCAUCGCCUGGACAAUUGUGAGCGCUUUUAUACAUGAGAAUACGCGCUCUAAAUUCCUAUUCUACGGCGGUCCCGAUUGUCUACACAUGAAAGACGGCUUGGAGCAGUACAUCGAUUCGGAGAUCAUACCGGACUUUUUGGGUGGCCCAUGUAAGACACUUAUACAUGAAGGUGGACUCGUGCCAAAAACGCUCUAUAAAAUGAACUCGCUCGAAGACGACGAUGCGGAGGAGGAGGAGGCCAAAAAGACGCUGGAAGCCGGUGGCGCACUGAUGCACGACCAUCGUAGUCUCUAUAAAACCGUUGAACUGCGCACCGGUUACAUACACGAGGUUAUUAUACCGAAUGAGGACCCGAAAAGUGUGCUCACCUGGGACUUUGACGUGAUGCGCAGUGAUCUACACUUCACAUUGUAUCGCGCCACUAAAGAGCUGCCGCCAAAAACUGACACCUCUGUUUCCAUAUUCGAUAUGAGUGACUUCGUGGAGGGCGAACACUACUUCAAGGAGGAGCCAACGCUCAUUUGUCGGCACCGCGAAAGUGUGCAGGGUUCCCAUGUAAUGCACCACACACACUCCUACAUCAUGCAGUGGUUCAGCCCGUCGAGCGGCGCUGAAGGCCCCGCACAAUUGAACUUCUUCUACGAAGUGCUCAGCUCGGCCAACUACAAAGGAUCCAUGACCAGCCUGCAAUCCGGUUUCUCAUCAUCCUCCGCUGCCAGCUCGUGUCAGAGUCGAUGAUAUGAAGCGAACAACGGCGCGGCCUGCAGCAGUGCGGCAGCACGUGCGGAGCAUGCCAACGGGUUGGUGGCGGUCGUUGAUACAGCAGCGGGGAAGCAACAGCAACAGGAGCAUAAAGGGGAGGAGCAGGUGCAUGCGCAUGGCAUUAUGGCGGCGAAUUCGCUGAUGGAGAAGACAUUGAACUGAGUUGGAAAUGAGAGUGUAUGUGUAGCGCAAAUAAAUACACACUUAACUUUCGUUUUUAAACUCAGAAUAAUAUAAUUUAGUGUUACAUAAUGUUAAUAUGAAAGCAUGAAUAGUUUAAUAAAUCAUAAAGAUGCUAUAAUUUAAUUUAAGACAAAAGAAUAACUUGGAACCUGGCUUUUAAAUAGCGUUUUAAUAGAGUAAAUAAUAUUUUUUAGCCAAAGCUGCUGUGUCAUGUGCGAGCGAGUUGGCAAAAAAUUGCAAUUUUAAACAAUCUUAAUUUUAUAUUAACGAAUUUUAUAGCUAAAAUUGAAAUGACUGCAAAAGCAAAUAGAAAACGCAGAAAUUGCUUGUGUGAAAGUGGCGUUUAUUAACGCCAUUGCUUUGUUUUGAAAGUGUAAUGUCAUCGAUAAAUCGAUAACAGCGUGUACAAUAAUUAUUUGUCAGUAGCAAACAAUCAUGAAUGCAAUAAAAUAAAACAAAAAUAUUACAGCCGCAUCGAAAUGUGCAAUAACAUUUACCUACAGACGCGUACAUAUUUUUGAAGAACUUACAAGAAACUACGAAAUAACGCCGAUACAAAACAAUAAACGAUUUAAAAUAUAAUAAAUAAAUGCAGUGCAAUUAUUUUUGACGAAAAUUCAGCAAAGGAAUUGUCGCUAAUUUUAUAUAAUGAGCACAACACAAUAAGCGCAAAAACAAUAAUUCAUAAAAAACGUAUUUUUUCGCGGUAGCGAUUGUUUUUAAUGGAAAAAUCAACGAUUUCAAGAAAUUUUUUUAAUUGUUUAAUUGUAAAUUUCUGCAAAAAAAACUUUAAGAACAUUUCCCAAAGAAGAUAAAUACCUUUUUAAGUUAUCUUACUAUUUUUUUUCCAAACUUUCCUAAAAAAAAUUUGAAAAUUUGAGGCGAUAUACAUAUGUAUGUAUGGUGUAGCUGCAGCAACGCGAUUAAUUGCUAAUUUCUGC